UUUUUUUUUGAUUAUCUGAUUGAGAAAUAUUCCUAUCAAAAACAACAACAACGACAAGAGAGAUGAGAAUUCGAAAAAAACGAUAUAAACAAUUUGACCCAGCAUCAUUACCGACCAACUAGAUUUGUUCAAUUUUAUUUAGAAAAGAAUUAUUGCUUGACACUAUCAAUCAUCAUCAUCAUCAUCACCAACAUUAAUAGCAACAUCAAAUUUCAGGAUGCCUUCAGCUUAUGGCCAUACGAACGGACAUCAUCUGGUCAAUACGAAUUCAAUGGCAGCAGCUUUGACAAACGGACAAACACCUUCUUCAGCGAUCACUGCAUCAUCAACUUCGUCACCACAUCGUGUCGGAACGAUAAAUGCUGGUAGCCAUGGUGGUCAUCCAUCAAAUCAAACACAAACACAUGGCCAAGCUCAGGCACCACAAACUAACGAAGAAGUUGGUAUCCGAGAAGUUUGGGCACAUAAUCUUGAUGAAGAAUUUAUUCGAAUUCGUAAGAUUGUACAGCAUUAUCCUUUCGUUGCGAUGGACACAGAAUUUCCAGGAGUUGUGGCCAAACCGAUCGGUCAAUUUACAUCAAAUUCUGAAUACAUGUAUCAAAUUAUGCGUUCAAAUAUCACAUUGUUAAAGAUUAUACAAAUUGGUUUGACUUUCAUGAACGCUGAAGGCAAAAAACCUGAUGGUUUUUGCACAUGGCAGUUUAAUUUUCGUUUCAAUCUGAACGAUGAUAUGUAUGCCCAUGAAUCGAUAGAAUUGCUCACCAAUUCAGGUAUACAAUUCAACAAACAUGAUCAAGACGGUAUCGACCCAACCGAAUUUGCCGUAUUGUUAAUUGGUUCUGGUGUGGUUUUGUCGGAUCAAAUUUCUUGGCUAUCGUUCCAUUCAGGCUAUGAUUUUGGUUAUUUGCUCAAGAUGUUGACCGAUCAACAGUUGCCCAAAAAAGAAACAGAAUUUUUUGAAUUAUUGAAAAUUUACUUUCCACGAAUUUACGAUCUAAAAUAUUUGAUGAAAAGCACCAAAGAUUUGAAAGGUGGCUUGCAAGAGGUUGCCGAAGCAUUAACUUUGGUUCGUAAAGGUCCUCAACAUCAAGCCGGUAGUGAUAGUCUAUUAACGGGUGAAACAUUUUUCAAAUUGAAAGAAAUGUAUUUCGAAAAUGAUAUCGAAGAAAAAAGAUAUUCAGGUUUUCUUUAUGGUCUGGAAACAGCUGAAACCGGCAAAAAUGAAACUGAUGAUGAUUUAGCCGCUAGCGGAGUUGGUACGAAUUCAACUACUGGCAAUCGCAAUACGCCCACUACUACUAAUACAUCAUUAUCUGUAACAAAUACAACAACGAAUGGUGCUGCAACUGUAACAGCAAGCGGCAACACAUCAAAUGGUAGCAAUAAUAAUAAUAAUAAUAAUGGAACAAAUGAUUCAAGUGGAAAUAAAACCGAUGAUGGUAAUGCCUCAUCCGAUGUUAAUAAUUCAGAACAAUCAGUCAACAGAGAUUCGUCAACGGCUAUAAACCAGCAAACGCCCACAAGUGUUUCUAGCUGAAUUAUUUUUUUCUUGUCUCGUAUUUUCCUCCUGCCUGCUAUUAAUUAUCGUCAAUCAUUAUUAAUUUUCAUUAGCCAACCAUCAUCGUUACCAAAAAUAAACAACAAUACGAACCUACUGUUUUUGGUUGAAAAUAAUAAAGCA